CUGUGGUGCGUCAGCAACAGCUGCCCUGCAGGCAGACCCACACUGGCUGUCAAGAUCCAGAACCGCGUCCUCAGUGCCGGACGACGACAGGAUUUAUUCUAUGUCCACUUUAUUGGAUUCUGCGGAGAUCGUUUGCUGAAUCGUGCCAGCUCCUUCUAGGCUGACCCCGGUGUGGCGGUAUCCCUUCGCAAUGCCAAGAUGGCGCCCAUGCUCCCUUUACCAGGCACCGAUGCGUUCCGCCUCUUCACCCGGGAAUCGCUGGCGGAUAUCGAACGUCUCCAAGCGGAAGGGGCGAAAAAGGCAACCCAAGUAGACGGAUGCCAGGAGGAGGAAGAGAAGACGGCCCCCAACGCCGACCUGGAAGCCGGCAAGAGUCUACCGUGGAUCUACGGUGACCCUCCAGUGGAGAUGAUCAACACGCCCCUGGAGGACCUGGAUCCUUUCUACAAGGCCCAGAAGACGUUCAUCGUCAUCACCAAGGGCAACACCAUCUACAGGUUCAACGCGGAGUCGGCGUGCUACCUUCUGACCCCCUUCAGCCCUGUCAGAAGAGGAGCCAUCAAAAUUCUAAUACAUUCAUUAUUCAGCAUGUUCAUCAUGAUCACCAUUUUGUCCAACUGCGUCUUCAUGACCAUGAGCAACCCACCGGCGUGGAGUAAAAACGUGGAGUACGUGUUUACCGGGAUUUACACCUUUGAGGCCACGGUCAAAGUGUUGUCCAGAGGCUUCUGCAUUGGCUCUUUUACAUUCCUUCGAGAUCCGUGGAACUGGCUGGAUUUCAUGGUCAUCAGCAUGGCAUACAUCACCGAGUUUGUCGACCUCGGUAACGUGUCCGCCCUCAGGACGUUUCGUGUGCUUCGAGCCCUCAAAACAAUCACAGUGAUUCCUGGUCUGAAAACCAUCGUGGGGGCGCUGAUCCAGUCUGUGAAAAAAAUGGUGGAUGUGAUGAUCUUGACGGUGUUCGCUCUCGCCGUGUUCGCGCUGGUGGGCCUGCAGCUGUUCAUGGGGAACCUGCGGCACAAGUGCGUGCGCUGGCCCAUCCACACCAAUGAGACGGCCGAGUGGUUCAACGUGACCUCCACCCUGGAUGACCUUGCCUUUUUGAAUGAGACGGAGAACAUCAACGGUACCGAUUACUCCAACGGUACCUUUGAUUUCGUGGACUACAUUGAGAACUCGGAGAACUAUUACUUCAUCGAGGGCAGCAAAGAACCUCUGGUGUGUGGGAACAGUUCCGACGCCGGACUCUGCCCGGAGGGCUACACGUGCAUGAAGGCUGGAGGGAACCCGAACUUUGGCUACACCAGCUUUGACUCCUUUGGCUGGGCCUUCCUGGCGCUCUUCAGGCUCAUGACGCAGGACUAUUGGGAAAACCUCUUCCAGAUGAUCCUGCGGGCGGCCGGGAAAACAUACAUGCUCUUCUUCGUGGUGGUGAUCUUCCUGGGUUCCUUCUACCUCAUUAACCUCAUCCUGGCCGUGGUGGCCAUGGCGUACGACGAGCAGAAUCAGGCCACGCAGCGAGAGGCCAGGGAGAAAGAGGAAGAGUUCCAGCGGGUCCUUGAACAGCUCAAGAGUCAGCAGCAGGGUCAGCGUUCCAGGAGUCAAACCUCCCUAAACAGUAAGAAGUCAAUCAAUCGCCGAUCUUCCGAGCACCCUGAUGACGACCGACACAGUCUCGGAUGUGAUGAAGCUAUCGAGGACCGCAACGGCAAGAUCGUCCCCCACCUCGUUAUCCAAUCGCAGACCUUCGACGAGUCUGCUGUAGAUGAUGAGCUCAAGGAAAAGUCUUUGGGAUCCGUGCACAGCAUGCUCGAUGUGGAUGAAGUGGACCGGACGCGGAGGUCUUCCAGCGCCAUGGAAGAUCUGGAGGAUGCCCAGAGGCCGUGUCCGCCGGGCUGGUACAAGUUCGCCGACAUUUUCCUCAAAUGGAACUGCUGCGCUCCGUGGGUGGCCUUCAAAAAGCGGGUGUACUGUGUUGUGAUGGACCCGUUUGUGGACCUGGCCAUCACCAUUUGUAUCGUGCUCAACACGCUCUUCAUGGCCAUGGAGCACUACCCCAUGACCCCCGAGUUUGAGGACAUUCUGUCAGUGGGGAAUCUGGUUUUCACCGGGAUCUUCACGGCGGAAAUGUUCUUUAAGCUCAUCGCUAUGGAUCCGUACUAUUAUUUCCAAGUUGGCUGGAAUAUUUUCGACAGCAUCAUCGUCACGCUCAGCCUGGUGGAGUUGGGACUUGCGAACGUCCAGGGUCUCUCAGUGCUGCGAUCCUUCCGUCUGCUUCGCGUCUUCAAGCUAGCCAAAUCCUGGCCCACGCUCAACAUGCUCAUCAAGAUCAUCGGGAACUCGGUGGGCGCGCUGGGGAACCUGACGCUGGUGCUGGCUAUCAUCGUCUUCAUCUUCGCCGUGGUGGGCAUGCAGCUCUUCGGGAAGAGCUACAAGGACUGCGUGUGCAAGAUCUCAGACGAGUGCGAGCUUCCACGCUGGCACAUGAACGACUUCUUCCACUCCUUCCUCAUUGUGUUCCGCAUCCUGUGCGGCGAGUGGAUCGAGACCAUGUGGGACUGCAUGGAGGUGGCGGGAGCCGGCAUGUGUCUCAUUGUCUUCAUGAUGGUCAUGGUCAUUGGGAAUCUCGUGGUCCUGAACCUCUUCCUGGCCCUGCUGCUCAGCUCCUUCAGCGGAGACAACCUCUCCACGGUGGAAGAUGACGGUGAGAUGAACAACCUCCAGAUUGCCGUGGGCAGGCUCACACGAGGCGUGGCUUGGCUGAAAGUGGCCGUGGUGGGGAUACCUCAGAAGAUACUGCGCAACAAGGCCAAAGGGACCGAGGAGGGCCACAAGGACAACCGGGACUCCAGCGCUGAGGCGAUGGAAAUGGACUUUGUGGACGGCGUUCCGAACGUCAAAGCGGCUGACGUGAUUUCCAAUUGUUUGGUGGAGGGACGGACUUCUGGCACCAUCGUGGACGGAGAGCUGAGCUUCAGCGUGCCCAUCGCUCAGGGGGAAUCGGACUUUGAAACCCUGGACGACGACGACGACGAGGACUCCUGUGACUCAAGGACGACUUGUGAAGAGAACUUUCCUGAUGGUGAACGGGAAAAGGACAAGAAGAGUCUUCCAGGAGCAGUCAAACUGAUGGGAGCGCUGACCGAUGACGGCGAUUCAUCGCUGUGCAGCACCGUGGACUAUCAACCGCCCGAGCCGGAACCGGAAGAAGAGGAGGAGGAUGAGCCGGAACCAGUGGAGCCCGAAGCCUGCUUCACUGAAAACUGCUUGAGGCGCUGGCCUUGUCUCACCGUGGACAUCAGCACAACCGGCGGCAGGAGAUGGUGGACGCUGCGGAAGACCUGCUUCGCCAUUGUGGAGCACGACUGGUUUGAAACCUUCAUCAUCUUCAUGAUCCUCCUGAGCAGUGGAGCUCUGGCUUUUGAAGACAUUUACAUCGAACGCCGACGAACCAUCAAAAUUAUUCUGGAAUUUGCCGAUAAAGUUUUCACCCUGGUCUUUGUCAUGGAGAUGCUCUUGAAGUGGACCGCAUACGGCUUCAAGACCUACUUCACCAACGCCUGGUGCUGGCUGGACUUUUUCAUCGUGGAUAUUUCCCUGAUAAGUUUAGUCGCCAACUGGAUGGGUUUCUCCGAGCUGGGGCCCAUCAAAUCCCUCCGGACCCUGAGGGCGCUGAGGCCCCUUCGCGCCCUGUCCAGAUUUGAAGGCAUGAGGGUGGUGGUGAACGCCCUCCUGGGAGCCAUCCCCUCCAUCUUCAACGUGCUGCUGGUGUGCCUCAUUUUCUGGCUCAUCUUCAGCAUCAUGGGAGUCAACCUGUUUGCCGGAAAGUUCUACCGCUGUGUCAACACCACCACGGGCGAGCGCUUCCCCUUGGCCGAGGUCAACAACAUGAGCGACUGCCUGGCCCUGCAGGAGGCCACCCGGGAGGCCCGCUGGGUCAACGUCAAGGUCAACUACGACAACGUGGGGAAGGGCUACUUGUCCCUGCUUCAAGUGGCAACAUUUAAAGGUUGGAUGGACAUCAUGUACGCUGCUGUUGACUCACGAGAGGUGGAGGAGCAGCCGUCCUACGAGAUCAACCUCUACAUGUACAUUUACUUUGUCAUCUUCAUCAUCUUUGGCUCCUUCUUCACGCUCAACCUCUUCAUCGGCGUCAUCAUUGACAAUUUCAACCAGCAAAAGAAAAAGUUGGGAGACAAAGACAUCUUCAUGACGGAGGAGCAGAAGAAAUACUACGAAGCCAUGAAGAAACUGGGCUCCAAGAAGCCGCAGAAGCCCAUUCCACGUCCCACAAACGUCAUCCAGGGCCUGGUGUUUGACCUCAUCAGUCAGCAGUUCUUUGACAUCUUCAUCAUGGUGCUCAUCUGCCUCAACAUGGUCACCAUGAUGGUGGAGACCGACGCCCAGAGCCCGGAGAAGGAGGACUUCCUGUUCAAAGUCAACGUGGCCUUCAUCGCCGUCUUCACCACCGAGUGCGUGCUCAAGCUCUUUGCUCUGCGCCAAUACUUCUUCACCAACGGCUGGAACGUCUUUGAUUUCAUCGUGGUCAUCUUGUCCAUUGCUGGCACCAUGCUCUCUGACCUGAUCGAGAAGUACUUCGUGUCGCCGACCCUCUUCCGAGUGAUCCGCCUGGCCAGGAUCGGGCGAAUCCUGCGUCUCAUUAAAGGAGCCAAAGGCAUCCGGACGCUCCUCUUCGCUCUGAUGAUGUCGCUCCCCGCGCUCUUCAACAUCGGCCUCCUGCUCUUCCUCAUCAUGUUCAUCUUCUCCAUAUUCGGCAUGUCCAACUUCGCCUACGUCAAGAAGGAGGCGGGCAUCGACGACAUCUUCAACUUCGAGACGUUCGGCGGGAGCAUCAUUUGCCUCUUUCAGAUAACCACGUCGGCCGGAUGGGAUGGGCUUCUUCUUCCCAUGUUGAACAGGGAACCCCCCGACUGCGACCCCGACUUCGAGAACCCCGGCACGGAUGUGAGGGGCAACUGCGGCAGCCCCGGAAUGGGAAUGGUGUUCUUCUGCAGCUACAUCAUCAUCUCCUUCCUGGUGGUGGUCAACAUGUACAUCGCCAUUAUCCUGGAGAACUUCAACGUGGCGCAGGAAGAGAGCGGCGACGCCCUCUGCGAGGACGACUUCGAGAUGUUCAACGAGACCUGGGAGAGGUUCGACACGGACGGAACCAUGUUCAUCGACUACAGCCGCCUCUCGGACUUCUGCGAUGCUCUACAAGAACCGCUGAGGGUGGCCAAGCCCAACCGGCUCCGCCUGAUCCAGAUGGACCUCCCGCUGGUCAUCGGGGACCGGAUUCACUGCCUGGAUGUCCUGAUGGCCGUCACGCAGAUGGUUUUGGGAGACACGCUGGAGAUGGCGGCCAUGCGGGAAAGCAUGGAGACCAAGUUCAUCCAAAGCAACCCCACCUCCGACUCCUUCGCGCCCAUCACCACCACCGUGCGCCACAAGGAGGAGGCGUGGGCCGCCGUCGUCAUCCAACGCGCCUUCAGGUGCCACCUGCUGAGGCGCACCCUGCGCCACGCUGCCUUCUUGCAGCGCUCCAAAAGGAGGCGCGGCCAGGACGGGGAUCCGCCGGAGAACCAGGGACUGAUUGCCCGGAACAUGGAAGCUCUUUACGGCGGCAACGCGGCGGUAGAAACUCUUGAAGCGGAGGUGGCACCGGAAAGCCGAGGUGGUCCUGAAACUCCGAGACCGGACUUCCUGGUUGUUCCUGUGGAAAUCACCAACGAGGUGUUGCUACAUUCGGCACCUGAUCGGAGCCUCAGAGAGUCUGUGGUCUGACAAAAACCCUAAGAGAUCUUUUAUUGCUCUCGGCUGUUUCCUUCAUCUCACGGACUUGGCCUCAUUGGAGGAUCCUGGUGGAUCAACAGGAUCCGUUGCACCUGGAAUAGUUUUUUCAUUCAUGAUGUUUUUCCAAUAAAACCCAAAGAUUUCCUGAUGCAUGCCGAGGCCUUCAUUUCAAUUACCAACAACCGUCUUGAGACUCCUAGCUAGCAGUGUUGUAGUCCUCCACGGCGGUCCGAAGGCUACUUCUGGGUCUGAUGUGGUCUGGACUGCAACACUUCUAGCCACCGUAGUUCAAGUCAUCCAAUGCGGUCGUAGAAUUCUUUAGUCUCUUCGUUUUUCCGGAGCUGCUGAUGAAACGAAAACGCCAACAUGAGAUUUCGUGAAGACGGCUCCAUGUCAAUCACAGACGUGCUAAAUGUGACUUGCUAGCCGACACGAGUGGCCGUUGUUGGCCAAUUAGAGGCCGCUAACGAAGGAACGUCCCCGGGGGCUAACAUUUAGCAACGCCCGCUUUUGAAUAUUGCACUAUUUAUUUGAAGGCCGUCCAGGUCGAGUUGCAGCUGAAGUCCAUGAGAACUUCAUCAGCACGCAUGACGGAUGAUUUAGUUUCAUCUUUGAUGUUUACAAGACCCCCCCCACCCCACCCCCACCACCCCCCAACUCUAGACGUGACGAGCGUGUUACGUUUUUGUAGGCGUGUGGAAGCGUUCUUUCACUUUCUGUCUUAACUGGUUGAAAAUGUCUUACUCCACACACACGUGUUGUGUUGCGUUGCGUUGCGUUGUGUUGCGUUGUGUUCCAAAUGUGUUGUGUGUCCUUUAAGAAAAGAAACCUUGGUUUUGUGUUCAGGCGCUAGUUUCUGCCUUCAGUUUGAACUUUGACCAGCUGCUGCACCCGCGAUGCUCACUGAACUUUGUUUACAUUUGGGAUGCAAGAAAGGCUUCACUGCUGUAUAACCUGUAAAAAAAAAUAUAUAUAUAUAUACUGUAUGUACUGUAGUGUAUAUUUGCUAUUGUAAACAAAAAACAUUCACUUUAUUCACAUUAAAGUACUUGUG